AUGCAAGAUAACUGCAAUGAUAUUGAGAUCGACCGCGAAAUAAAACCGGACUCGAUGGUUAUUCCUAUCGUGAAAAAACCGAAAAACCCGCAGACGACCGAGAAGAUUUCGGAAUUCUCCGGUUUAAAGGCGGCCAAACCGUUCUUCAGAUCGAUGCCAAACAUCAAAAUAACGAUGUCCGGCGGCGAUGGGGAUGUACCGCGGCAGAGUCCCGUAGACGCGUCACUCGACGAGUAUCGUCCGUCACCGAUUCUGCUGCCCAACUACGCGGGGGCCGCAGAUGAGGCGAAUGAUCGCCAUAGUGAACGCCGCCGUGAUGGCGCCUGCAGCAUCAGAAGCCAAAUCGCCGGUUCCCGCGUCGUUGUUACCACAACAUUCCGGCGACGAUCCGACGAGACUGCUCGAAAGUACUUUACUGCUUUUAGCAUAUUGAGAGUAGCUACAAAAACUUACACUCUACCCGACGAAUCGUUUGUUAUCGAAAAAGGACAAAAGCUUAUUGUACCGAUGUUCAGCAUACGUCGUGAUCCAAAAUAUUAUCCCGACCCGAUGAGAUUUGAUCCGGAACGAUUUUCUAUGGAACAAAAAUUCCAACGUCCUAAAGGCACUUACUUGCCGUUCGGCGACGGGCCUCGAAUAUGCAUAGCCAAUAAGGCAUAA